UUUUAUUGUGACCAAAGCAACCGGACCAAGACAAUGGAAUGAUAUGUAUAACUGCAGGCAGUAAUGUGUACUAAAUCCAGGAAUUACCAAUGGACGAAACGUUGAAGAAGCUGAGUGGUUUGUCACACUAGCAACACAAAUUAACGAACAUCUUCCGUAAUCGUAAGUUCCUGUUAUUGAGUCAGAAACAAUUGCUUUAGCAUAGGAAAAACACUGACUUAAUUUCCCAUCAAAAGAUGAAACAAAACAACCAAAUGGAUGUAAUUAUGCAUAUAUUAAUUAUUUUAAAAAUGGAAUUAAGUUUAUGAGAACCCAAAACUGCUUUAAUCUACAGGUUAACAUUACACAGAAAAGAUAAUCACACAGUUCCUUGCAUUCUGCUGUUUGACUUUCAUUAUGCGGAGAUUCAAGUUUCUUUGGCGCAGUCCAUUCUUCAAACUACUAUUUUUCAUUGGCGCAUGCGCACUAAUCAUACAUGUGUUGCCCAAGAGUGGCCAACUCAGUCUGUAUAACAGUAAUGACUACGUGGAUGUCGAUUUUGACAAUGUCAAGAAAUCCAACGAAAACAAUAAUGAUGAAAAACAGCUGAAUUUCAAUGAUGAAAAACAGCCAAACAAUAAUGAUGAAAAACAGUUGAUCAAUAACGAAAAACAGUUGAAUGGUAAUGAUGAAAAACAGUUUAUCAAUAACGAAAAACAGUUGAAUGGUAAUGAUGAAAAACAGUUAAACAGUAAAAGUGAAAACCAGCUGAAGGGUAAUGAUGAAAAACAGCUGAAGGUUAAUGAUGAACACGGAGAGAAGAAGGACGACCACGAUAAUGGUGAUAAAGAAAAAGACCGCGAUCACGAAGAGUGGAAACUAAGGGAAGAUAACCGCGACUAUGACGCAGACAAAAAAGACAAACACCGCAACAAAUUUCAUGAAGGAAAUGACCUUCACUUCGAAAACAGUAACAUGAGCCCAGGUUACCACGGCGACGCUGUGAUCGUUGACAAAAGUCGGCUGUCUAAAGAAGAACUAAGGAAAUACGACGACGGCUGGAGGACGUACGCCUUUAACAACUACGUCAGCGACAUGAUCUCAUUGGACCGACCGCUGGUGGACGUGCGAGACAAACAGUGUUUAUCGCAGACGUAUCCCAAAGAACUUCCGGUUACGAGCGUCAUCAUCUGUUUCCACAACGAGGCUUGGAGUGCGCUCCUGAGGACCGUUCACAGCGUGAUCAACAAAUCACCGCGAUCACUGAUUCACGAAAUCAUACUCGUGGACGACGCGUCAACAUUCGACUACCUAAAGACACCUUUAGAAAAACACGUCGCCACACUUCCGGUUCCAGUGAAAAUAGUACGAGCCCGAAAACGGGAGGGUCUAAUACGCGGACGAUUGCUAGGAUACCAGGCUGCCACAGGAAAGACUCUCACAUUCCUCGAUUCCCACUGUGAAUGCACUGAUGGUUGGCUGGAGCCGCUGAUGGCACGGAUUGCCGAGGGCUGGAAUCACGUGGUCUGUCCCAUUAUCUCGUCCCUCGAAAAGGACACGUUUAAAAUGAGCGAGGUUUUGUUGAAGGAUCUGACGGUGGGAAACUUCAACUGGAGGCUCGAUUUUACCUGGGGAGCGAUACCCGACCAAAUUAAAGACAUGCGCAAAUCCUCCAUCUCGCCUUUACCAACACCAACUAUGGCGGGUGGACUGUUCUCGAUCGAUCGGGAAUACUUCAAACACAUCGGAACCUACGAUCACGAGAUGGACAUUUGGGGCGGAGAAAACCUCGAGCUGUCUUUCAGAAUCUGGAUGUGUGGUGGAUCACUAGAAAUAAUACCGUGUUCUAUAGUUGGUCACGUGUUCCGGGACCGCUCCCCGUACUCGAGCACUCCGGGUAGCCUGGCUCGCAACAAAAUGAGGGUAGCCAUGGUGUGGCUGGACGAAUACAAACAGCUGUAUUUGAAAACACUCACGAGAACUCCAGAAUAUGGCGACAUAUCGGAGAGACUUGCACUGAGGACACGACUGAAGUGCCUCAGUUUCGACUGGUACAUGAAGAAUAUCUUCACCAACGCCUUCUACCCAUCAAAGACCGACAAAGCAGGCCAGCUGUCCAGCCAAGCGGAUCCUAGUAUGUGCAUGGACUCCCUGGGGGACUUCAGUUAUCCAAACAAAAAAGUGCAAUGGCGUCCGUGUGUAAACUCCACCAAUCAGGUAAUGUGUAUUACCCCCCUCCCCCCCAACAACAACAAUGACGUCAUUUAGGUUUGAGUUUUUCUACACUUAAACGAACUUGGUCCUUUGAUUGAAAACAUAUUUUGCUGCAUAUAAUGUAUGAAUACAAAAGGAUUGGGCACAAGCU